UAAAGAGGAAGGAUGGGAGGCUGAGCGCACAGGACUGAGAGGUGAAGACAGGUGUGGCUUUAAGAUGAAUCGACUUGUGGUUAUCGUUGCGACACUCUUUGUCCCCACUACAUACGGUGCUGCAGGCGGUUUGUGGUGUUACCAUGAUCCUAGUUGUGAUGACACCACCUGGUCCACCAUUGCCAGUGAACAUUGCAAUGGAUCCCGUCAGUCUCCCAUCAACAUCGUCUCUGCAUCAGCAGUGGGCGAUGAAACCCUGACUGCCUUCACCUUCACCAAAUACGGAGACAAUUAUACAAUGAAGAAUAUCAAGAACACUGGCAAAACUGUCAAAGUGGAACUGACAAGUGGCGUUCAGGUUACAGGUGGGGCCCUGUCUGAGGCCUAUGACAGCCUGCAGUUUCACCUCCACUGGGGGAAUGGUACCUCAGUACCUGGGUCAGAGCACACAGUGGAUGGAACCCGCUACCCCAUGGAGUUGCACAUAGUCAAUGCCAAGUCUUCGCACAACGGUAACACGACCACGGCCGUUGCAGACAGCACAGGACUCGCUGCUCUUGGCUUCUUCAUAGAGGCCAUGCCGGGUAAUGCAACUGGUUCACCAGCAGCCUGGAAUACUUUGACAUCCUACUUGGCCAACAUCACACUAAAAGAUGAUAUUGUAAACAUUACUCAUGCUAUUUCAUUGGAUGAGCUCCUGGAAGGGGUGGACCGUACCAAAUACUACCGUUACCUUGGCUCCCUGACCACUCCAAAUUGCAAUGAGGCUGUGGUUUGGACCGUGUUCAAGGACCCUAUCAAAGUCAGCCAGGACUUGAUUGAUCUCUUCAGUACAACAUUGCACAUUGACCACAACUCCACCUCUGCCUUGAUGACCAACGUCUUCAGGAGCAUCCAGCCGUUCAAUGACUGGGUGGUGACGACCCAGGGCCGCGCAGCUUCGGGAGCCUCCACAAUGUGCUCCUCUCUGGGCCUCAUGGCCCUGGCCUGGAUGCUGCUGAGGGUUUAGUGACGGUUAAAUACUUCUUACCUGAAGUGCAUUGCCAUAUCUCCAAGAACCCUCAAUCUACCAACAUAUUUUCCUUAUAUUGAUUACCAACAAGGGUCAUCUUGACCCCAAGGAGAAACUAUUGGAAUAAGCAACAAUCAUAGCAAAAUGUGUUAAACUUAUUUAUUUUCAAAACAUAAUUAUUUACAAAUGUAAUGAAUGUUAUCUGAUAUAAAAUAACCUAAACAAACUGUUGUUCUUUUCCAAAAAGAAAACAAUGUUUUUCCUGUAUAUAAUGUGCAGCUUGAGUACAAUCAACCUUAGUACAAACAUCAUAUUUAUCGUCAUUUGAUUAAAGUAUCAUUUAGUUUUCAGAAUUUUGCAGUAAAUAUUAAUGUUGUCCUAUGAAUAUUGUAAAAAUGACUGCCAUUUAAAAAGGUUGUUCAAUUCACAUUUAAAAGAGACAUUGACACAAAA